GUCAAAGUUCAAUUAUUGCUCCCGCAUUGAAGGAUGCCUUGUGAAGAAGGCCAGCUAGCUAGGCUAGGCUAGGUGUGUGUGUGUACAUAUAAGUAACUGCACUGAGAGAUAGAAAGAUGGAUGCAACUUCAGAGCACAGUGUGUUGGAGCAGCCCGAAGCCAACCUGGCAGUGCCGGUGACUCUCUCUGCUGUUGGGGAGGGUACGUGUCGGCUCAAGUCUCGCUGGAUGGGUGGGCGGGGUCUGGCCGUGUACAGUCAGUGGAACGUGGACCCAAGGUCAAAGGCCAAUCCGCAAUCAAGGGGGAGGGAGGCACAUCACAUGACUGACGAGUCUCAGGUGGGUGUGUACGAGAUACAGUGGGAGAGCUCCAAAUGGAACAGAGCCACUCGGAAAUUUGCCAACCAAACACACGGCUAUUUCAUGAGUAUCCAGAAGGCUAGUCGGAGGGCAGAGGGUGUGGAACCAGGUGAUCUAGUGAGGUGCAGUCAACUGUAUCGCUCAGCCCUGCAUGAGUGCGUGCUCAGUCUGAGGAAAAUGGCCGCUGAGGAUGAUGGUGACCAUGGUUACUCGGAUCAGGUGACCUUGUACUCCCUCCUAGAGCUGGUGUGGCACUUGUGUGAGGUGUUGUUCAUUGAGGUGCUCCCUGUCGGCUGUCUAGUACAGCAGCUCAUAGAGUGGGUCCGCUGGCACUCAGGUGGCACUGAGGAUGAACUGAUGUCCUCCAUCCUGACCUCCCCUUCCCCUGGAGAUCAUGAUGAUUAUUGGCAUGCUCUGUAUCGACUGGUUCUGAAGGGCAGACUGUCUGAGGCCAGGGACCUCCUCUCCCACCACCCCAUCACACACCUCAUGCCUCAGGUUCACGCUAGCAUGGACGAGCUCCUCAGGAAAGCUCCCAUGAUUCUCUCCACUGGGUCAUACUCGCGGGCAGAGCUCCAGCGGCGGUGGAAUGAGUGGAGGGGUGAGGUUGUGAGGAGGAGGGGGGCGGGAGAGUUCACCGCCCACGCAGAGCUCGAACUGCUAGCAGCUAUCUUGAGUGGAGAUGAUGAAGUGUUUGAAAAUUAUACAGUGGCGGGUUGCUGUGAUCACUGGUAUGAGCUGAUGGUGGCCAAGCUACUCUACACCCUCCCCCUCGUUACUAGCACGGACUAUGACCUCAUAUAUGUUGCCGAGAGUGCUCUGAGGAUGUGCUCCCAAACUAAGAGGAGGGGGGCUGUGGAUGAUGUCAUAAUGGCUGCUCUGCGUAAUGAUGUCAUGGAGCUUAUUAAACUGAGCAGCUCUCACUUCAGUAGUUGGUGGAUGGUGUCGCAUCUCUCCAACCUUCUCAACCACAGGGGGCUACUGGUCGCAUCUAAACUAGAGUAUGGUUCCCAACUGUCAGAGUUUUUUCUGCUCGAGUAUGCAUCUAGUCUAGCCUCCCACACUUCCCUGUGGCAGGUUGCUAUGGGUUACCUGUCCGAGUGUCCCCAACAGGGACGAGCGUACAUGGAGGCAUACAUCGAAAGGGUCCCAGUGGACAGUGAACGGAAGGUGGUCAAAGUGUUGAGAGUGUGCGAGAAGUAUCAACUCAAGGAGAAAGCUCAGAGUGUGUGUCGUGUGCAGGCGAUGAGGGCGUAUCAAAAUGGCCGACUGGGCGUGGCCUUGUCAUGGUGUAUUCGAGGGAAGGACUCGUCCUUUGCUGCCUUCUUAGCAGAAAAGUACAUGGAUAAUUACAAGAUCGAGGGAGAGUUUAUGGACCUUGACCUUUUGGAUCACCUCGGAGAUGCCAUGCUGCUCAACGAAAGGCUCAUGUUCUUAGCCAAGUAUCGUGAGUAUCACCAGCUGUACGAGAGUGGCAAGUUUGUGUCAGCUGGUAAACUGUUGGUCACUCUACUACUGUCAAAUACAGUCCCCACCAGGUUUUGGACCACUCUUCUCACUGAUGCACUGUUGCUAAUGGAGUAUGAUGAUGAGAUUGUGUUCGGCUCAGAGCAGACGUAUGCUCUCUCCCACCUGGUGCAGCAGCUCACCCUCUCCUCCGACAAGUCCAGCCAAUCAGAUCCCAUUCCCAAGCCCGUUACUACGGAAACCUUCUCGCUUCUAAACCUAGCACUGUCUAGGAACCUGAGUAGAGCAAUUCUCGAGGAGAACUCAAUCUGACAUGUCAAUGCAAUAAAAUGGUGCAUGCAUGUACAUCAUUUUAUAGUAUUCCUGAUCUUCAUUUUGUACUCUUAUGUUAUAUUGUGUCAAUCAAAAAACAAACAUUUGCUAUUGGUAAAAA